GUCCGAAAAAGAAGACUUCGCACGAGGCGACCCGCGAGUGCCCGAUAAUUUCUACAGAGCUGCUUUUCGACGCAUUUCCGGCCGUAACUAGUGCCUCCCGGAACCGUAAAGUAUGUGCAAAGUGUCCGCGGGGUUGUGUUGGCCGCGCGCAGCGAAAAAUUUGCCACAUCCGGGUCGGAUUUGGUGGUGAAAAAGCGAUUUGAAAAACGCGCCUCCCGAAGCGCGACAGGAGGCAAAAAUUUUGACGAAUCUGCUGGCUGAGGAGGGUGGUGAAGUUGCUCUCGGCCUGCUGUGGUGCGGUGGUUGGUGGGUUGAAGUUGGAGUGUGCGUAACAUCAAGAGUGGAGUGAGGCAGUAGUCAGCGAGAAGGAAAAAAAAAGUGAGGCAAAAAGAAGAUUGAAAAAGUGCCGUGGCCUUCUUCGUUUCGCGCGGAAAGUGAGGGGAUUGACGUAGGAACUGGUGGCCGAUUCCGAACCGGACCAGAUGCCCGUCCAGAUGGUGUGCGACUCGACAUCCCUGGUCAGUGCGGCCUUGCGGGAUUCGCUGCCAACCGGCGGAGGUCCCAGCAGUAGCAGCGGUGGCGGUAACAACUCCGUGACAACUUCCGGCUUCCUCGAGCCCGACGAGGACAUUGACCGGAUCGAGAGCACGCUGGCCGUGGCCAUCAAGCGGAACCAGUUGCGACCGAUCCGGUACGAAGAAGUUCCCGGAUUCGGGCAGGAGUUGGACAGCCUAAAGUCCAAGUACACGGUGCUAAAAACCACCUCCUCUAGCGCUGGAACGACCGUCAAUGGCAUCAACGGUAGUAGUGGUGGCAGCAGCAGUCUCAUGAAUGGCGGUUCCAUGGCCAAGCCGACGUCGACGUCAGACAGCAACGGCAUCGGCGCCACACAGCAAAAUGGUCCACAGAGCGCGGGGAAGGAUCAGCUGCCGGUGCCGAAGCGGGUGUUGUACGCCCGCGAUAAUGUGCAGAUCGGGUGGAAGGCCACGGGUCGGAAGUGGCAGACCGGGGCCGGGAUGACCAACGUCGGGAACACGUGCUACCUUAACUCGACACUGCAGGCGCUGUUUCACGUGCCGGCGAUCGCCAACUGGCUCAUAUCGGAUGUGACCCAUCGGGAACGGUGCGACGACAGCAACGGGCAGGGGGGUUGUAUAAUCUGCGCCAUGGCCAAGACGUUGCUGGCGUCGCAGUCGCAGAACCAGGGCGCCAUCAAGCCCUACCUGGUGUACUCGAAGUUGCGGCUGGUGUGCAAACAUUUGGUGCUGGGUCGCCAGGAGGAUGCGCACGAGUUCCUGCGCUACCUGGUCGAGGCCAUGGAGAAGAGCUACCUGGCCAGGUUCAAGAACAGCAAGGAGUUUGAUCAGCUCACGAAGGAGACCACCCCGCUAAAUCAGAUCCUCGGCGGUUACCUCCGGUCGGAGGUAAAGUGUCUCUCCUGUCAGCACAUCUCGACCACGUUCCAGCACUUUGAGGAUCUGCUGCUGGACAUCCGGAAGGCCAACUCGAUCGAGGACGCGCUGGAUGUGUACUUUGCGCGGGAACGCCUCGAGGAGAACCAGUACAAGUGCGAGGCGUGCAAGAAGCGGGUCGCGGCCACCAAGCAGUUCUCCCUCGAGCGAGCCCCCUUUGCGCUCUGCAUCCAGCUGAAGCGGUUCUCCAUGAUGGGCGGCAAGAUCAACAAACACGUCGACCUGCGGAACCGGUUGGACCUGUCGCCGUACUGCAAAACCGGCAAGCUCACCUACCGACUCGUGUCGAUGGUGACCCACCUCGGAAACACCCAGCACUGUGGCCACUACACCGCCAUCGGUGGCACCGAGUCCGGCUCGUACUACGUCUUCGACGACAGCUCGGUGCGGCCAAUCGCGAUGCAGAACGUCACCAGCACCAACGCCUACAUCAUAUUCUACGAGCUAGAAAGUGUUCAAAAUGGUAUCAAAAGCACCGCCAGCAGCACUGCCACCUCGGCCUCGUACGCCGCUUCCGCCAGCACGACGGGGAGUAGUUCCUCCGGCAAGCAACUGCUCGGGAGUAAUUCCGGCGCCCCCGCCGGAUCCACUACUGCGUCGCCCCUCCGAGUUUUGGGGGCUAGCGGCCAGUCUGGCCACAACCCUCUUCUCCCGAGCAAGCUGGAAAACCGGCCCGGCUUUAUUGGGCCAGUGCUGCCUGGGCAGCCGCAGCACCAAACCCCGCAGGAGAAAGCCAAAAAGCUGGCUAACGGGCUAAGCAAUCACCACAUCCACUUCAACGACGCGGAAGACGACUUUGGUGAACCGACCUCGCGCCUCUCCCCCGUCUCCUCAACCACCUCGUCCCUCUCCAGCCCCUCCCCGAACAAGCAGUCCCGCCCAACGACGCUCCCAAGCCCCAAAAAACCCACCCCCGCAAGCCCAGCCAGCGUCAAGAACCGCUUCGGCAUGACGAUAACCACAAACGGUGUCAGUUCCACCGCCGCCGCCAGCAGCACCUCCAACGGUACCUCCCAAAAGCCUUCUACUUCUUCCGCGUCGUCGUCGUCUGCGUUGACGGCCUCGACAUCCGCUCCCACACUGCCAUCCAUGCCUAAACUUUGCAACAGUUCUGCAGCAGCGAAGAACGGCGAAAGCAGCGGCGGCACCUCGAGUACAGUGGGGCUCAACGGCAACAUCAAGUCGGCCUCCACGACGGCCCUCAGCAACGGUCACAAAGCGGUUCGGCUAGUCCCGUACGAUGACGGCGACGACGACGAUGAUGACGAGGAGGAGGUGCUGGAGCAGCGUCGGAUUGGUUCCAACGGUCACAACCGAGUUCAGCAGCACGACAGUGACGAGGAUGAGGAACGAUUACACCCGAGCGCGGGAAAUCCGAAAUCGGUCGCCCCCGACGAGGAGGAGGACUCGUCCUGCUCGCCCAAGUCCCCGCCCGUCAUCAAGUCCAAAACGGGCCUCUGGAAGGUGAGCGACAACCGCCCGGGCAGCAGCAGCAGUAGCAGUGCCAACAGCAGCAAAAACGCAUCCCCGGCCACGUCCGGCAACUCGUCGCCGGCCAACUACCAGAACCACAACGGGAACGCGACGUCAACCGUUACAAACGGCAGAAACGGCCCACUAGCCUCCGGCUAUCAAACCAACGGCCGCCAGCAGCAACCGUACCAACAGCAGCAGCAACCCUACCAGGGCAACGCGUUCAACUUUAACGGGUACAACCGAAACGGUAAUGCCAACCAGUCGGACGUGGUCAACCAGCUGCAAAAGUUUUCCCACCGCGGGUACGGGGCGCCGGUGCGCAGCUGGAACGGCCAGCAGACGCACAUGGACCGGGAGUUGGCGCUGGAGCGGCGCGAGGACCGCAAACGGCAGAUGGAGGACGAUCGCGAGACGGAAAUGGACCGCGGCCGGACGAAGAAGGUCAAGACGAACUUUUACCAGGGUAACGGUAACAGCGGCGGUGGCGGCUACCAGCAGCAGCGGGAUGGCGGCAAUCCGUUCCAGAGCUAUCAGAAUAAUCAGAUGAACGGAGGGGGAGGCAUGAACAAUAAUGGCAAUGGCAACAACAACCGGAAGUGGAACAAUAAUGGCUACAAUGGGAAUGGUGGGCAGAGGCAGCAGAAGUUUUGCGAUUCUAACCGCAACGGGGGAAACUACUACCAGAACGGGAACAACUACCACCGGAACCAGAAUGGGUUUCGCAACGGUGGCCGUGGGCGUAAUGGAUUUUUUAACAAGUCGUAUAAUCAUCAUCAGCGCGAUAACGUUGGCACUAGCAAUGGCUAUCACAACAACCGAUAGGCGGCGACGACAACAAAUCUUCGGCGAGGAAGGAGAUGUUCCGGAACCACCGGAACGGCAGCUGCGACAGUUGCGCGAGGAGCAAACCUUGGAUUAGGAGCAAACAAGUGGUGUGGAGUGUGUGCAAGAAGUGAGUUGCAAGAUUAAUAUUAUUAUUUUGCUUUCCAUCGAAUCAAAUUUUAAUUUUAGUCAGUAAACCAGAGUUUUCACCUUUCCAAAAAGAAAAAAACAAAAAAAAACCGCGCGAAAAAGAAGCAAACGUUAAACAUUAUCAUUGUUUUCAUUUUUACCCGUUGUGUAAAUGUGUAAACUUUAAGGCAAAUAGAUAGAGAGUGCAAAAGAGAGCGAGCGAUCCUUUUAAAGGGGAAUAAACGGGAGAGAGAGGGAACGUUUGUUGAUAGUUUUUAUUUUUUGUUUGUUAUUGGCAUAAUCCUACUUUCUUUUUUUCGUUUCACACGCUUUUCCCUUUCCUAUCCAAAUACAAAAGAAAGGAAAUGAAAUGAACAGCCAGAAAGCAUUUUUAUACAAGAAACACGAAUGUUUUUUUAUUUUCUAUAAAAUAUAUACUAACUGUACUCUGUACACUGCAAGUAGGCAAGUAAGUAUCGCUAACAAAAAAAAAACAGAAUUAAUGUAAAUUGUUCAGAAUUCUUGUAGCUCUUUACCACACCCAAACCUAGUGCAUAUAAAAUUGAAUUGGAAUGGAAAUCAAGGAAAAAACAACAACAACAAAAUAAGAGAAAAGUUUGUAAAUAAAGAAAAACAAUGCAAAAAAAUAAGAUGAAAAAAAUACCUCUGAAUCACGCGCUCUUGAAGAAAUGCAAAUCGUUGAAAACAACUUACAUUUAUAUACAUAGCUAUAUUAUAAACAGCAAAACAGUGAAUAAAUAAACUAGACUAGACAAUUACGGCAAGAAAAAAAAACACGUCAUUUAGAAAACAUUGAAUAAAUAACCCAAAAGAAAAGAAAAACAACAACAAUUAGUCAAAAUUCCCAGCGCAACAGAAAAAGAAAAAAACGCAGUUCCUUUUGGUUAUUCAUGCUCUCGACGUGCGCGCUUGCGUGCGCGGGAAUGAUUACUGAAGAAAAAAAAAUAUCGCAUUAUUUUACAGUCAAAUCAAUCAAAAGAAAAAAAAGAAUUGUAGGAAUGAAAUCACGAAAUGUACACUUACAGAGUGGAUUAAGAAAAUUAAAACUUAUUAAAGACAAGGAUAAAAUCUGAAUCAUUAGAAAAUCACGUUUGAAGUAAAAAGUGAACACAGUUACUGUAAAUAGGCUAUAUCUAAUUAAUUAUACUAAAGUCUUUAUCUUUACGAAAGAUUAAAAACAACCUGCAAAAAGAAGAAGAAAAAAAA